GUCCCGUCUGAGAGUCUGUGACCUCACAGAAACGGACAGACAUUUCAUGUUUUAAUAAUACUAAAGGUUUAUUACAGGAUCGUCUUUAUACCAACAACCUAAAAAAAAAAGAAAUAGGGUUAUUGAAAUAUCUAUGAGUUGUUAAAAAUCAGGUUCAAUAGUACUUGCAGUUAAACAGCGUAAUUACCAUUUGGACUCAUCUGUUCAGCAAAGUCCUGACCAACUGAGCGGCCAGUUAUGGGAGACUGGGGGUUUCUCUCAGCCUUACUGGACAAAGUACAGUCUCACUCCACUGUCAUCGGGAAGAUAUGGAUGAGCGUCCUAUUCAUCUUCCGCAUCUUGGUGUUGGGAGCAGGAGCCGAGAAUGUUUGGGGCGACGAAAGAUCCAACUUAGUGUGCAACACCAACACCCCUGGCUGCGAUAACCUGUGCUACGACUGGCAGUUCCCCAUUUCGCACAUCCGCUUCUGGGUCAUGCAAAUCAUCUUCAUUUCCACUCCAACUUUAGUGUAUCUGGGGCACGUGGUGCACAUCAUCCACCAGGAGAACAAACAGAGAGAACUUCUCAAAAGCAAUCCCAUGGCAAAGUCGCCGAAAUACACUGACGAAAACGGAAAGGUCGAAAUUAAAGGAAGUAUGUUGGGUAGCUACUUGACGCAACUGUUCAUUAAGAUCAUUUUAGAGGUGGCCUUCAUCGUCGGACAGUAUUAUCUGUUUGGAUUCAUCAUUGACCACAAGUUCAUCUGUGAAAGGUCACCCUGUAUGAGGGCUGAGUGUUUCGUGUCCAGACCCACGGAGAAAAGCAUCUUCAUUAUCUUCAUGCUGGUGGUGGCUUGCGUGUCUCUGGCCUUAAAUGUUCUGGAGAUAUUUUAUUUGCUUUGUAGGAGGAUCAGUCGGAGAAGUAAGAAGUGUAGACAAGCAAUGUAUAAUGGUGAAUCUCGUUAUCCGGGACAUUUCACAACAGAACUCGAGUCUAUGAAUGGGAUGAGGCAUAAUGAGUUUAAUGUGGCCUUUCAGAACAAGUGGAGUCAAAGAAAAGGCAGUCUGGACGCAGCCAAACCUGAGGCUUAAAGGGUCACGAAACACCAAAACACAUUCUUUUUUAGAUAUUGACAGUCAUAUAUGUGUCCCACAUUGCCAAAAGCAUUAUUAGGACACAUUUAUUUCACACAAAAAAAGUGAAAAUUAGUAGCUUUCGUGAUAUUUCAAGAAAAUUCAGUUUGAAAAUAAAUUUUGAAGCUACGUCACAGCCAUGAGAUCCUUGUUUGAAUUCCAGGGUUGAGACUAGAUGUCUGUAACGGUAAAAUGUGACAUCUUUGAGUUUUCAUCAUUAAUUCAUGAAAAAGAUUGGUUUAAACCAAUCAGCGCAUGCUAGGGGGACACAAAUAAAUAAUUAUACUUUACGUUGUAAAA